AUGGAGCUGGUCACAUUUUCCAACGAGAGCAAUGCCAACUCUUCUAAAGACUGUGACACAGAGGAUGUAGUGGAGCGUUUCAUAUACCCGACUGCAUAUUCUGUGUUCUUUAUCAUAGGAUUUCCAGCCAACUGUCUGUCUUUUUAUGUCGCUUGCCUUCUGAUGCGAAAGGGCAAUACCGUGGCAGUGUACCUAGUCAACUUGUGUGUCUCCGAUCUCCUGUACACCAUCACGCUGCCUGUGUGGAUUGAGCUAUCUCUCGGCCAGCCAGUGGACAGCACGCUCUGUACCCUGAUCGCAUGUGUCAUGUACAACAGCUUCUAUGUGGGAUCCGGGCUUCUGUGCUGCAUCUCAGUGGACCGCUACCUGGCCGUGGUCUACCCUUUCUACUUCGGCUGGGUGAGAGAAGUGCGCACGGCCGUGGUGGUGAGUGCCAUGGUGUGGGGCUUCGAGCUGAUUGUGCAUGUGCAUCUCCUUGCCCACUCCGGUACCCUGGGCUCCUUCUCCGCCCAACGUUUGUGUGAGGAGAGGAUGCCAAUGCGCCCUGCUGAUGCCAAUGUGGCUAUUGUUCGAGUGGCGCUGGGGUUCCUCCUGCCCUUGUUCCUGAUGGCCUUUUGUUUCCAUCAGAUUAUCAAAGCCCUCAACGACAGUGUCUCGCUUGAGGCCGCUGAACGCAGAAAGAUCAGGAAUCUGCUGCUCCUCCUGCUCGUCACUUACAUGGUGGCGUUCACCCCAUACCAGGUCGUCAUGCUCUUGAGAGCCAUGCUGGAGGUAGGAGACUGUGGCAAUGCCUUGCUCCUCAGAAACUACUACAUGGUGUUUGUCGCCACCACCACUAUUAAUAGUGUGGCAGACCCCAUAAUCUACUGCCUGCUGAGCGAGAGUGCCAAGACAGAACUGAAAGCCAUUCUGUAUAAUGGGAGGGUGACACUGAGAAAGCUCCAACACUCUGGCAGAGACAGCGUCAUUAGCUCUGUUGUGCGCCAUGACUAA